GCGGCUUUUAAAAAGAUGGUGUUUUAUAUUUUAUUUGUAUGGACUAUACGGUUUUAACUUUUAGAAUUUUUGUAUAUCUGUGGUUUUAGUGUGAAUAUUUUUUAACGAAAGGCGUAGUUUUUGUGACGCACAGUAAGCACCCUUUUUCUAGGUCUUUAUUGUCAUCUUUGGUCGGUGUAUCGAGUGUAUUCCUCAUUCUUAUGAAAGAUUCUUCUGUUUAUUUGUAAUUCUGGGUAUUUAUAACAUAAGAAGUCCUUCUUGGUGUACAAGUCCUGGGCUGUCAUCAAACUGAAGUUGAAUUUUUAAGACCUAAUUUCAAAUUGAAAAUGAAAAGAUGAACACAAGACGACGAUCUUGUUUUUCUCCACGUCCAGACGUUAAAUCCUCAGACUUCGAGUUUGACCGGGGAAAUACCACCGAAUCUCCGAUUUCUCCUUUCUGUUCUAGUUACACCUGCCGCUCAACAAAAUUUGAUAAUGAUUCUGUCCGAAAAAAUAGUCAUGACAAUAUGAGUAGCCUAACUAACUCGAGCGUAGCCGAGCAUACUGAUAACUGUAGAAAAUCAGGACAGAGAACUUUGAGACAGCGAUCUGCUUCAGGUACACCUUCUGAAUCAUCAUGCGCUGCUGAAGUAAAAUUAUCAUCUGUCUCCAUAAAACCUCGAGGACUCAUGAACCGACGAUUACGGAGACCAUCAAAAGUGAUUCCAAUUUGUGGUCUGUGUUUGGGCACAUCGGAAUUAAACAACAAAACUAAAGUUCCAGAGGAAAUGAUUGCCUGUUGGGAAUGUGGUCAAUCAGGUGGGUAAAAAAUUAUCCAUUUUGUACUACAUUUAUGUUACAUGUAUAAUGUCUGAGUUCUCUUUAAUAAUAAGUUUACUCUUUGCU